CGCAGAACUUGGGCAAGAUGAGCGUGUCGGUUAAGGUCAUGUUUGCGCCAAACCCGCCUGUGGACAUGACGUUCAACCCAAACGGAACGUUCUACGAUGCCAUUACGGCUGCGUCUACAGCAUGCCGAGUGGUGGGUCGUCCACCUGCUGAUCUCGUCCUUGUCCAUGCCACCUCCCGAAAGGCAGUGUCGCAAGAGGAAUGGGGCUCGCAAUGGAUUGCUGAGCUGGAUGGAGAGACGCUGGAGCUGCAGCUGGGGGCGAAGAUUGCGGUGCCGAUGGCGAUUGAUGCGCUGAAGCACGACGACCGCAAGAUCUUUGUGGAGCUGAAGAAGCGGCUGAUGGAGGACGAGUUUGCGUCGGUGUUUAUCGACGCCAGCGGGCUCAGUGAGCUCAUUCGGCUGGUGAAGGAGAGCAAGGGCAACCUGCUCGCAGCAGUGCUUGCGGUGCUGCCGCUGGCGAUGAACUACGCCGAGUGGUCGAUUCUGAGCGAGGAUGUGGUGUUCAAGAUUGCGGAAGGCAUCACGUCGCCCAAGUCGAACAUUGUGUCCAACUCGCUGGCGCUGAUGCAAGGAUAUGGAAGCUCAGGGCCUGAGGCUGUUGCGGUCCUCCGGGCGGCGGUUCUCGCGCUUACGGGGCGACGAGCGCCGGGCCGCCGUCCAAGCCGUACGAGGCCGUGGUCAAGGCGCUGGUCAACUCUGCGGAUCUCAACGUGCGGGCCCAUGCACUGUCUGUGAUCACGACGCUCCUGCUUGCGACCAAGAUGGGAGAUGAGCGAAACGCCAUGAUCGCGGCGCUCUCCGAGCUCGACUUUCCGACCGAGGUCAAGAACCUGGUGAUGGACACGUCGUCGGGCUUUGCCGAGUCUAGCGAAACGCGGGCGUUCAUGACAGCGUGGCUGGAGCCAAAGCAGGCUCUGCUCCAGGAGUCGUUCUCGUACGACAAGACUGAGCAUGCGGACAAGCUUGCGAUGCUGUGGCACACGGUGUACCCGACGGAGCAGCUCGAGGGCGAGGUGACGACGCAGUGGAAGAAGUUUGGCUUUGCCAACGCGGAUCCGCGGGCAGACAUGAAUCGGACGGGAGUGUUUGGCCUCCACUGCCUCCACUACAUGUGCUGCAAGGACCCGGUGGAGUUUGCGACACUCAUCCAGUCGCAGCAGACGCGGACGGACCGCGACUAUCCGCUGGCAGGCGCGGCGAUGAGCAUGGCGGAUCUUGUGGCAAAGGAGUUUGCGCUCAAGGCAAACGAGCAUGACGUGGCGCCUGCCAUUCUGCUCGACCACCCAAACGCAGUGGAGGAGAUCUUCUGCGUGUGCGUCAAUGUGGCGGACCAGAUCUGGGUCUCGUUUGGAGGCGAGUACAUUGACUAUCCGAUGGUGGUGGCCAUUGCGCGCAAGACGCUGCAGGAGGUGCUUGGACGGCGGCCGUCGAGCAUUGAUGCGCUUGUCCGCGCAGCCGGGCAGGCGGUGACACAGCUCAAGGCCAAGGCCGGAUCGAUCGAGGAGACGUUUGCGGCGAUGGGACUCACGGCCGAGACGGCCGAGACGGAGCAGACGCUGGCGAUGAAGGCCGCACUGGUGGAGGAGAUGAUGCCGGUGGUGAAGGAGCAGCUGAAGGCGGUGCUCAUGCGCGGCGUCCCGCUCUUCUUCCCGCCGUCGGGCAAGGUCAAGCAGCCGGUCGGCGUGCGGCUCCAACUCAACUCUCUCGGCAGCCUGCUAGCGUUCACGGCCAAGGAUGCGGCUGGCGAGGCCGCCAUCGGUGGCGUGGUCCAGGUCCCGGUCGCCUCGAUUGCCGAUGUGGUGACCGGUGGCACAUGCCCGAUGUUUGCCGAUCCCAAGAAGCAGGUCUCGCUCGACAAGGCGCUGUCGAUCGCGCUCUUGCUAGCGACACCCAUCGGCCCCGAGGACAACCCGCAGGUCGCCGUCCAGUUUGCCGCCACCGACCGGCGCACGUUUGCCACCGUCACCGAGGGCAUCCGGUCGCUCCUCGGCCGGCCGCUCGAGGCCGAGACCUCAAUCGAGGACGCCGAGCGGCUGGCAGACAUGCAGCUCCGCAUCCGUCUCAUCGAGCUCGACGGCGACGUCAACCUGCCAACUGUCGAGCCCGCCCUUCCGCCGCCGCCGCCCUCGUUCGCCUUUGUUGUUCCCGAGGCCGAUCUUGUGCUUGCUGGGCGCGAGCAGCCGUUCCGGGUGCCGAACGAGAUCGUGGCCCCGUCGUCGUCGUCGUAAACAACUAUUGCUUUGA